GCGUGGGGGGCCGGGACCCCGGCGGCUGCAGCUGCGCUGCGGGCCAGGACCGUGCCCCGCGCCGGGAGCGCCCCCGGCCGCUCCCCAGCCCCGGGGGCACCGGCGCCAGCUCAGCCCCGCGGGGACGGGCCGCCUGCAGCCAGACACGGACACAUGUCCCGCGGUGCGGAGCGGGAUCUGUCCCCGCACCCACGGGGUGGAGGCUCCACGGGGCGCGUCUGGGCCGGCGCCGGCGUGACUGGCGGCACCGCGGGCGGGAGCCCGCCCGUACAGGGGGCUGUACCGGGGCUGUGCCCGCCGGGCAGGCGGGCCGGGCCCACCGCGGGCAGGGCCGCAGAAGACACGACCCCGCAGGGCCGGCUCGGUCCCGCAGCGCGGCCCGCCGUCGCUGGGCUCCAGCCCGUGCGCGGUGCGGUCAGCUCCGGCCGGGCGGUUCCCGGUCGGGGCGCGGGGCGGGCCCGGGGCGGACUGCGGCCCCCAGCGGCCCCCGCGGCGCGGCGGGCGGGGCGGCAGGGGCGGGGCGCGCGGGGGCCGCUGGGAGCUGUGGCUCCCGCCUGGCCGCGGUGGUUUGGCCGCUGCCGGCCGCCGUGGCGGCGCGCGGGGGGUGCUGGGAGCUGUAGGCGGCGGCCGCGGCUGCGCGGGAGGCGGGCGGAGCUCGGGCGGCGCCGCGGUUCUCCUCGCCCCAGUCUGAUGCCCGUCCCGCCCUGCCAUGAGUCUAUGAGCCCUCUCCGGAUCAGCGUGGGUGGUCUGCCUGUCCUCGCGUCCAUGACCAAGGGUGCUGACCCCCGCUUCCGACUGCGCUGGAAGGCCAUCGUGCUGUCAUCAGCCUGCGUGGGGUUUGUGCUGCUGCUCUUCUGCCUGCACCGCUCCUCCCCGCCACGGCACAGCCCGCCCUAUCCUCGCCACUGGCAGCUCGGCCUGCAGGCGGGGGACCGCUACAAUGACACCUACCCGCUGUCCCCACCCCAGAGGAACCCUGAGGGGGUACGCUACCGCAUCGGGGUCAUUGCGGACCUGGACACGCAGUCCCGGGGCACUGAGGAGCACACCUGGUUCAGUUACCUGAAGAAGGGCUACCUGGUGCUGUCGGACAGUGGGGACAGCGUGACAGUGGAGUGGGACAAAGAUGAGAGCGUGCUGCAGUCCCACCUGGCUGAGAAGGGCAGGGGCAUGGAGCUCUCCGACCUGGUCGUCUUCAAUGGGAAGCUGUACGCGGUGGAUGACCGGACAGGGGUGGUCUACCAGAUUGAGGACAACAAGGUGGUGCCCUGGGUGAUCCUGCCGGACGGGGACGGCACAGUGGGGAAAGGCUUCAAGGCGGAGUGGCUGGCGGUGAAGGACGAGCACCUCUACGUGGGGGGACUGGGCAAGGAGUGGACCACGACAACGGGGGAGGUGGUGAACGAGAACCCCGAGUGGGUGAAGGUCAUUGGCUACAAGGGUGACGUGGGCCAUGAGAACUGGGUGGCGAACUACAACGCGCUGCGGGCUGCGGCGGGGAUCCGACCCCCAGGUUACCUCAUCCACGAGUCGGCCGCCUGGAGCGACACCCUGCAGCGCUGGUUCUUCCUGCCGCGCCGCGCCAGCCACGAGCGCUACAGCGAGCAGGCGGACGAGCGGCGAGGGACCAACCUGCUGCUCAGCUCCACCCAGGACUUUGGGGCCGUGACAGUGGGACGCGUGGGCGAAGUGGUCCCCACCCACGGCUUCUCCUCCUUCAAGUUCAUCCCAGACACAGACGACCAGAUCAUCGUGGCACUGAAAUCAGAAGAGGACAACGGCAAGAUUGCCAGCUACAUCAUGGCCUUCACGCUGGAUGGGCGCUUCCUCCUGCCUGAGACCAGGAUCGGGAGUGUGAAAUACGAGGGCAUUGAGUUUAUUUGACCGACUUUGGCACUGGACCAGGAGGGUGAGGGAGGCCAAGGGCGCUGGGCCGGGCUGGGGACGCCAGGCAGCGCUCCUGCUCUGUACUUGGCGCCGCAGGUAAAGCGUUGGCUCUGCUGCA